AUGCAUCAUUUGGUACAAGUGAAAAAUAUUCGUUGCCCUCGUCUUCAUCAUAAUUUCGAACCCAAAAAACAGCACCAACUCUUUCUCCUUAUGAGUUCAUCCGACAUUGCAACCAAGAAGGGCAAGACCUUCACCUGGGACGAGAUUGAAAAACACAAUCACGAAGGUAGUGCUUGGUUAGUCAUUCACGGAAAGGUCUAUGACGUUACCAAGUUCGUUCCAUAUCAUCCAGGAGGUGAUAUGAUCUUGUUGGCAGCAGGAAGACAAUCCACUGAACUCUUCCUCAGCCAUCACCCAACCAAGACUAUUACCAAUCAAGCCUUGCUUGAUAAGUAUUACAUUGGUGAGGUUGAACAAGAAAAAGUAGUAACGGAGGAAAUGAUUAAAAAGCAACAAACCAAACAUAUAUAUGCUCCAGAGAAGCAAACCAAGUUUUAUGAAGAAGUCCGAAGUGAAGUUGAGAAAUACUUUAAAGAUAAUAAUUUAACACCACGUGAUGUACCAGAAAUGUACGUCAAGACAAUCCUUUCACUCUCCAUUUGGUUUGUCUUGUACUUGGCAACCUUCUAUUAUUUUGACUCGAUUAUUGUUUCAUUCUUUGUUGCUAUUGUUUGGGGUUGGGCUAACGCCAAUAUUGGUAUGGGUAUGAUGCAUGAUGCCAACCACGGAGGUUACAGCGAUAAUCCAACAAUUAACAGAAUAGUCGGAUUAUGUUUUGAUGUUUUAGGAGGAUCUUCCUACACUUGGAAGAUGAUUCACUCUGUUGGUCACCAUGUUCAUACCAAUGUUGAGGAACGUGAUCCAGAUAUUCAUACCAAUGAGCCACACUUUAGAAAGAUUAAGGCUGGUCAAAAGCAACACUGGUGGUACAAGUAUCAACACAUUUACUUACCAUUCCUCUAUUGUACCUUGCUUUUUGAGUUGGCAUUCCGUGACUUUUUCGCCAUGGUUUUGGGUGCUUGGGGAGGUGUAAAAUUCCAACCAGCUCCAAAGAACGAAUAUCUUUUAUUUGUUAGCUCUAAGAUGUGUUGGAUUACUUACUCAUUGAUCAUUCCUGUUUUCUUCUCUGGUCAUACUUUCCAACGUGUCCUUCUUUUGUGGACCAUUGCUUACAUGGUUGCUUCAUUCAUUUUGGUUUUGAAUUUCCAAGUUAAUCACGUUACUCCUAUUGCUGAUACUUACCAUGUUGAAAAGGAUGGUAUGGUUCAUGCUGAUUGGGCUGAAACCCAAGUCACUGGCUCAAGCAACUUUGCUCCUAGAUCCUGGUUGUGGAAUCACAUUAGUGGUGGUUUGUGCCAUCAAACUGAACAUCACUUGUUCCCAACUAUUUGCCAUGUUCAUUAUCCAAAGAUUCAACCAAUUGUUGAAAGAGUUGCAAAGAAGUAUGGUAUUAGAUACAAUGCUUACCCAUCAUUCUGGGAUGCAGUUGUUGGCCACUUUACAUUGCUGAAGGAAAUGGGUCAACAAGGAAAGAAGGUGACUGGAUGGAAACAGUUGUAA